UCAAAAAGUCCAAGGCAGCUGUAUUUAAUUUUCAUAUCAUAUGGCCUUCCUUUCCUUCUAUUCAAAUUAAAUUAAAAGUUAUGUCAGAGUCAGAAUCAUAGCCUCCAAUAUUGCUCUUGCAAUUGCAGGUCAACCCCCCACCCCUCACAUAAUACAACUCUCUUCUCUCUUCUCUCUUCUCUCUUCUCAAUGGUUCAUACCCCUCCUCUCUAAAACAACCACCAUCAACUAAUUAAUAACUAACUUUUUUGUUUCCGUAUACAAGAAAUGAACCAAGACAUCAUCACCUUCUUCUACUGUUGUGUUAUCAUUAACAUCAUCCUCUUGUGUGUGUUGAGCAGAACCAGUUUGUGCGCUUAUGUGGAUCCACACUACCUGGCAUGUGAACCCCAAACAUGCGGCAACCAAUCCAUAAGAUACCCCUUUUACAUCCAAGGCAAGCAGCAACCUUUCUGUGGCUACCCUGGUUUUGCCAUCUCUUGUGCUGAUGGUAUUCAUGGCUUCCCAACUCUCAAUCUCUCCAAUACUUCUUACAUCAUCCAUCAAAUAUUCUACCACAACGAAUCACUCAGAGUCUCCAAUGCUGCCUUCUCAUCAAAUACUUCUUGUAUUUCUCCUACACACAACCUCACCCUUCCUCCAACCAGUACCUUCAAUCUUGUUCAUCAGAAUAAUCAUAAGGACAUCAUGUUGUUCUUCGGCUGUAACCUGUCAUCCAUGCCCCUAGAGUUGUUAGAUUACAGAAUUGGGUGUUCUGAAGCGACCAACAAAAUGGACGGUUCGGUUCUGGCAUUGUAUAAGGACGAUGUAAAAACAGUAAGCUUGGUGUCCAAGAGUUGCGGGACUGGCGGAGAGGUGGUGGACGCGGUGGUGGAAGAGAGUGAAGGAGUUGGGAUAGAAGAGGAGCUGAGGAGAGGGUUCAUGCUGAAUUGGACAGCGAGUGAUUGCAAGUUGUGCAAUAGCACAGGAGGAAGGUGUGGCUUCAAUUCAACUAUCUUCACUUUCCAGUGUUACUGCACUGAUCGAAUUCAUGCUUCCAAAUGUGAUAUUACAGGUUUGUGUCUCUAUGUCUUCUCUUCUUUUGCUCACUAUAAUUCUUUACUUACUUUAUCUCCAGUUUUCAUCCAUGCUCCAUUUUCUUUGAUACCAAAAUUAGUCCAUUUGAUGAACAGAUCCGAAACUACUAUUUUAGGUAAUCUUGAAUUCGUAUGA